AUGGCUUGUUUUCUUGGGCGCGGAACCACGAUACGUGGAAUCGUAAAUCGUUGGUGUCUCCAGGCCACCUCUAAAACUCCCAGGAAUAAUCCAUCCAUCCGCGAAAGCUCCAGCAAUGCCAACGAUAGUGACAAGGAUGGCAACGGCCGCAUGAAUCGUUGUGUGUCGUACGAAGACGAGGGAUACUUGCCGAUACCCCCCAGUCAAAGAUCCAGCAAACCUCAGGCCAGUCGACCGAGACACUCUCCUCCUUUCGGCCCUGAAGCCACUAACCAUGCGUCCUCGAGUACCAUGUGCAUCGAGAGCGAGAGCACUUGA